AUGAUACAGCAAAGUUCUUCUUCAAGGAGAAGUUUGCAUGGUAACGAUUUCCACACGCUCCCCUCUUCAAGGAGGGACUUAUUGAAUAUUCCUAGGGCUGUGGAUGCCCGAUCUUCGUCUACAAUGGAUUUGUUCUACAUACCAGAUGCCACUGUCUCAAAAAGGCGUUCAAUGCAUGUGGCACCUAGAACAGAUAACAAUACCAGAGUUGCGUCAAUGCGGCACAACAAUAAGCCUAGCUUUGCUUCCUCCUCAACGUCGUCUCUACCCUCCACCAGAAACGGUUCCUCUCGCCAUGAAAACACAAACAAUAACAGUGCUAUCGAUAACAACGUGCACCCCCAAUAUAAUUAUAGGCCCAACCUAUCCAAGCGCCACUCUUUGGUGACCAUCCCAGAGAAGUAUACAGGUAACCGUUAUAAUCUACGGUCGUCUCCGCCGACGUAUUCAAACCCUCGUAUAAGGAAAGAAUUAACUCCUUUCCAGUUACAAAGGAAGCAAAUGAAAACUGCUUUUCAAUUUCCCAAUGGUGAAAAUUUUACUCCAAGAAACCAGAAUCCAAAAUUUCCACCUUCCCCUUCGACUUCGUCAUUGCCUCUCAUAACAGCCCCACCAAUACCUAAAUCAUCUUCAAUGAGCAAUCUCCCUGUCGCUGCGCCCUCAACUUAUCAGUCGCCCAAGAAGACUACUACCUCUGCUAAUAGUGGUGGUUCAAAGGUAGAACCCGAGUCUCCAAAACUAAUAAGGUCGAAUUCUAAAAAAAUAUCACACUUUUUCAGGAAAAUCUGGUCAUCCAAAUCAACAAAUUCCACGGAUUUCUUAGAAGAAAAUGUCAAAACCAAGCAGAAACGGAAAAAUCCAGAGAAGUCUGUGCCAGAACCAAUCACGUCUCUCGAACAACCAGUUGAAAUUAAAAAGCAAAGCUCGUUAACCGUCAACAAUGAAGUAACGUUUUUACCAUCAAUUGAACAGCCCGACUUGGUACACGAAUUGGCUGCGUUUGGAGACAGUAAUAAGAUACCCAUAAUUCCACCUCCAAGAUCGCCAAAUAGACCUACUUUGUCUGACAAACGAACAACCAAGUUAUAUUAUUCCAACCAAGAUUCUUCUAAUGAGGACGUCACUCCGGUAGAAAAGACCAGCGUGUUCUUGAGGCGUCUGCGAGAUGAAUGGUCUACCGUGUAUUUAAACAAAAUACCUCUGACUGCGUCUUUUCCCUCUUCUCUUUCUACCACUGCCGAGGCUCCUAAUUCCUCUAUUAUCAACUCUUUACCAUCAUCGCCAGGUCCUUUCUCCUCCUCCUCGUCUUCAUUGGUUUCCCGUGGCCCAACCCAAUCCUUAUCUUCCUCUUCACCAACUCCAGUACUUUCUUCAAUGUCAUCGAAAUCCAAAAAUGCUUCCAAGUCCUUACGCUUUGCUGAUGAAAUUUAUGUAAACGAGACAUGGUCUCCCAUCGACUAUUGUAGAUGUGACAAUUCCUUUCUUGAUAAUUUUUCUAAAGUGAAAAGUCAAGACAUGGCUAACCCUUCCACUUUUACUGGUAAUAAUUUCUCUUCCACCAAAAACAUCUCCAAUGUUGAAAUCAAGAUGGAGGUAAAUGAGUUCAAAAGAAGAGAAAUGCGCGUCCAUCAAAACAGCACCAGGUAUACGCAUUACUACUUAUGA